UUCUAAGAACAACACAGAGAGAGAGAGAAUUGAGAAAAACGUGAUAUCGAAACUGAAACGAGAGUGCUAGCAAUGAUAUGAGCCAUGCGGUUUCAUAGCGCGCCAUAUGCAAUUUCGUAUGUAUCCUCGUGCGAUCUGUGCUCGUGAUCUUAGCAUGUUCUACGCUACCAUGAUGUGCUGCGACGUAGCUCGAUCGUGCGUUCGAUUCCACUUACUGUAAGCUUGCGAAUCUGGUCAGUCUACGAUCUGAUUAACUGGAUCAACCAUGGGAAUACUAGGUCUACAGACAUACCUCGAAAAAGUUGUGGAUGGCGGCUGCACAUCUGUUGACAUCAUAGAAGAAGCAGCGAGACAUGCUCCAUACUGCCCUCCAGGAACCAAGCCCACAAUAGUGGUAGAUAGCCUGUGUUUAAUGAGGUGGCUUUACAGUAAGACUGAUGACUACAUAUUUGGCGGUCCAUGGAGGUCUGUUGCCCACAUUGUGACCGAGCUCGUGAGAUCAUUUCAAGAGAAAGGCAUUGACUUGGUGUUUUUCUUUGAUGGCUGCGUGUGUGACGCUAAAGUGGGAAUGUGGCGAAGUCGACGACUUCAAAAGAGUCGGGAGAUUAUGGAGAUAUACGAGAAACUUCGAGCUCAUUGCUGGACGGGAGAUGAUAGGAAUCUUUCCUGUCCCAAUGGAACAGCAUACGUCUUGUGCUUUGUGGUCAAGCAUCUGACAUCAUGCAAAGUGUUUAAUGCGGUGGGAGAGUGUGACAAUGAAGUGGCUCGUUAUGCAGAAACGCAUCAGGAAUGCUUUGCCAUCCUAAGUCAGGACUCUGACUUUUCCAUUUUCAACAUGAGAGUUCUGUUCCUCUCCAUUUUGCAUUUAGACAUGGGCAAACUUCAAACCCGUGCCUACAGUUCUCGGGCACUUGCUCGACAUUUGGGCAUCGGCAGCCACCUGUUGCCAUUGUUUGCUUGCCUUGCAGGCAAUGAUUUUGUCAGCAAAGAGCAACUGACAUCGUUUCAUCGCUCACUUGGUCUUCGGCCAUACCAUCACGGUCGUCAUGCACUCUUGUUCGAGAGAAUCGCUACUGUCAUUUGUCAGAGAGGCUGGAGUGCCACACCUGACAUACAUGUGGCCAGAAGUGUUGGUGUAGACUUGGACAGUUUGCUGAGCGGGGUCCGCAUGUAUGACACGAAAGAAGACUCCUGCAAGCUGGGAUUGCCCAGGGGCAUUGAGGUAGCCUCUUGGCAUCUGGCUUUAGAGAAGUACAGGCAUGCUGAAAUCCCCCCAAGCGUUCUACAAGUGCUUCAUAGCCGAGAGAUCUUCCUUGGGGAAACCAUGGAGCAGCAAAUGAGUGAAAACAAGUUACCAGCAAACAUCUUGUUUCAGGAGGUCAGGCGGAGGAUUUACUGGGUCCUUUUCAAAGGCGACACGUCAGUGGUUAUCACUGAACAUGUUACAUACCCUGGUACCAUCGGAGUCAGGGAUGAGGCUGUGACAUGCAUACCUUUGAAAAUUGAAGGUGAAGUACCAGAGCUCCGUCACCUUUGGUCUAAAGACCCAUCCUUGGGGUUCAUGCGCUGGCAACUCUUCUGUGGUUGCCUGCAAAUGGAGACGCAGAUGGAGAAGCUCAAGAGGAUGCCCUAUGUCUAUUUGGUUUUUUGUUGCACACUGCGUCAUCUGUUUCUAGCAGGAGUCAUCCAGGGAAUGGAAAUUAAUGCUCUAAUCCUACAAUGCAUCCUGCCGGAUGAUAUGAAGCUUAAGUUCACAGAAAGGCACAUUCCUCACAGCCAGGUCGACCCUAACCUGGUCUCCAUCUCGGCACAUGUGAUGGUAGGAAUCCAGUGUGUGACAAUGGCCCUUAUUGCCUGUGGACAAUUGUCACUUGUGGAAGAUGGUGCACCCUGGAUGUGUUUUGACGGGAAGCUGUUCCAUCUGAUUUAUGGAGAUCUGCUCAAGUUGCAAACAUCGUUCUCUUCAUUGAUAGAUGACAAUGUUGCCGUAAAUUAUCUGUACUGCCGAUUCUGGGAACAUGUUACUUCUGGAAGCGAACUACAUCACUCGCACCACUUCCUUGCAGGCAUGGGCAAAUGAGGACAUCGGAACUCACUGUGAUCAUUGGAAUUUCAACCAAAUAAAUAAAUGGC